AUGGUUGCUGUUAUCAAGUCUAAGGAGGAAUUCCAAUCCGUUAUCUCUUCCGAGAGCCUCGUUGUUGUUGACUUUUUCGCUACCUGGUGCGGACCUUGCAAGAUGAUUGCACCUUUGCUCGAGAAGUUCGCCGCCGAGUACUCUUCUGCCGCCUUCUACAAGGUUGACGUUGAUGAGUUGCCUGAGGUUGCUGGCGCCAACGAGGUCAGUUCCAUGCCAACCAUUCUCUUCUUCAAGAAGGGUGAGGUUGUCGGUAAGGUCAUUGGUGCCAACCCAGCUGCUAUCAAGCAGACUAUCGCCAGCUUAGCUUAG